UAGAUUUUGCUCGCAAAGCCAAAGCUCCCUCGCUCUGAUUUGCAGACAAAAUCCAAAGGACAAAUUUACAGCCUAUAGAGAAACCCGAAGAAACUCGAUAACGCGAAGAACAGCAACAGCAAAUCAAAGGAACAACAAGUGGAAAAAAAGAGUGUGUGAGAUAGUGAAAUAUUUUUUUUUUUGACAAAAAGAGGUUCAUUUCAAUUCUUAUUUCCUUGUGAAUUUUCUCCUUAUCCAAUCAGAAGAAUUUGUUCAUGUUGACAGCGUUUAUUUCGGGGGGGAAAUAGAACCUGUGGUUGUUACAGUGAUUUGAAAAUUCCCAUUGCUGUUUUGGGGUUUUCCCGUCCGAAGUCGGGAGAGGGGCAAAAGAGUCAUGUUGGAUAACCGGUGCUGCAAGUCCUGUUUAGUGUUUGCCAGUUCUUGUCAACGAGGAGGAAAGUGGGCUUACAUGUACCAUGGAAAGCGCCCAAGAGAAUUCACCGAUUCCGAUGGUUGUCCGGAAACCAAGUUGUCUAAGCUCUCUUCCGAUGAUUCCUCUAGUGACGAUAAUAAUAAUAACACUUCUUCCCCACAAAACUCAGACGACCUUGUCUUGCCAGAUUCGCCUGACCAAUCCGAUGGUGAUGGUAAGAGAUCCAGUUCUUCCUCGGAUAUGGAUUCUUCACUUAUCCACCACUGCCCCAUUGGUCUAGGCAAACCGGACUUGGGUAACCGAUCAGACAAUGACAUCCUGUCAGAUUCCGUGGAAGAGUCGCUGGAGGAGCAAGCUGAGGAAGAUGGUGGUAAUGAUAAUAAUGACAUCUCUGAUUCUCCUGAGGAGGAGUUUCUCCACGGACAUGCUGAGGAUUCUUCAUCUGACUUGGAUGCAUUAAUCCAACCGAUUGGGCGAGAUAAUGAUCAUUACGACUUCCCUGAUUCUCCAGGGGAUGGUCACCACAGACAUGCUGGGGAUUCUUCAUCCGACAUGGAUGCAUUAAUCCAACCAAUUGGGCGAGAUAACUCAAUCAGUUGUCUGAUUAAGUGCUCGAGGUCUGAUUAUGGUUCCAUUGCCAUGUUGAAUCGAAGUUUUCGUUCCUUAAUCAGGAGAGGAGAGAUCUAUAAGUUGAGGAGACAGAAAGGUGUUGUUGAGCAUUGGGUUUACUUUUCUUGUCACCUCCCUCAAUGGGAAGCAUUUGAUCCUAUUAGACAUAUGUGGAUGCAUCUGCCAAGGAUGCCUCACAAUGAAUGUUUCAUUUUUUCAGAUAAGGAAUCACUGGCUGUGGGAACUGAGUUGCUUGUUUUUGGGAAGGAGGUAACUUCUCAGGUUAUAUAUAGAUAUAGUAUUUUAACAAAUUCAUGGACUUCUGGGACCAGUAUGAAUGCUCCAAGGUGGUUGUUUGGAUCAGCUAGUCUAGGAGAGAUUGCAAUUUUAGCCGGCGGUUGUGAUUCUCAGGGUAAUAUCCUAAGCUCUGCAGAAAUGUACAAUUCUGAGACUCAGAAAUGGGAGACUUUGCCAAGCAUGAAUAAGCCAAGGAAGAUGUGUAGCGGGGUAUUUAUGGAUAAGAAAUUUUAUGUGAUCGGAGGAAUUGGUGGGAAGGAUGCACGGGUUCUCACUUAUGGCGAGGAGUAUGAUUUAGAGAACAAAAAGUGGACUGAAAUUCCUAACAUGUCUCCAGGAAGAAGUGGAGUUGCGGCAGAGAUGCCUGCAGCAGCUGUGGCACCCCCUCUGGUUGCAGUAGUUAAUAAUGAACUGUAUGCUGCUGAUCAUGCUGACAUGGAGGUUAAGAAGUAUGAUAAGGAAGCAAACUCAUGGUUGACUAUUGGAAGAUUGCCUGAACGGGCAGUUUCAAUGAACGGUUGGGGUCUUGCGUUCAGAGCAUGUGGAGAUCGCCUCAUAGUGAUUGGUGGACCUAGGGCUUUGGGUGAAGGUUUUAUUGAGCUCAAUUCUUGGGUUCCCAGCGAAGGGCCUCCAGAAUGGAACUUGCUUGCCAGAAAGCAGUUGGGUAACUUUGUGUAUAAUUGUGCUGUGAUGGGAUGCUAAGAGAUGGAUUGUGGUGGCAUCUUGUGCAGUUGAGCGCUAUUGUACUGCCACCAGGGUUUGCAUGGUUGCUUUUUUCUUCAACAUAAUUUUUACUAAUGGUAAUUUCCCCUCUCUUUUUUUUACAUCUUUUCCCUAUCGACUGGGAGAUGUUGGGGAAGAGUUUCAGAUAACUCGAGAUUCAAUAGAACAUCUUACAGGUAGGAUGUCUUGAGUUUUGAUUCCAUUUCCAAACCUCAUUCAAAAUUUCUUCCAUUAAAUUUGCGUCUUCAGUGACAUGAGAACUUGCAAAGGCUGGCGUCAUGUAGCACGGGGUAUGUUUAAUAAUUUGAAGUACCAACACAUUGGUAGGUUGCCAUUAGAGUUUUCUGAAUUUUUUUUUAAGAACACACAGCUAGUCAUAUGGGUUCCUUCUUCCUUAAAUUUUCUUGGAAUUGUCUUCAAGGGAGGAAAUAAGUUCUGGAGGUGGGUUAUGUUUAGAUGUUGGCUGAUGUACUGAUUACAUUGAUCAUUACAAAUUGAUGAACUGUAUACUCCCAGAAUUUUUCUUAUGUACACUCUGGAAUCCCUUAUUGUUUUUAGUAUCUUUUGUUCAGUUGGAUGGUGCCUGUUUCUCCAUUUGCUCGACUUGCCAAUUCAUAAGUGAUUCUUUUUGCCCA